GUGAAGAUGCUGACCGUGGAGAAGAAGGUGAACGAGAUCCUGAACCGGCUAGAGAAGACCAAAGUCGAGCGCUUCCCAGACCUGGCUGCUGAGAAGGAAGCCCGGGACAGAGAGGAGAGAAAUGAGAAGAAAGCCCAGAUCCAAGAGAUGAAGCGGAAGGAAAAAGAAGAGAUGAAGAAGAAGAAAGAGCUGGAAGAGCUUAGGAGCUACUCGUCGUUAAUGAAGGCCGAGAACAUGUCCUCCAACCAG